AUGGGAUCUCUCUGCUGGAUUGGUCCUCGUCCCGCAACCGAGUCCUUCGAAUUUGAUCCAUUAGGUGACGUCCUCCUGAAGCUUACCCGACGCUUCGAAAAGGACGAUUUCGUCGAGUCCGACUCGGAGACCUCGAGCAUCGCAGACGAAGAGGAAGAAGACCCGGACACAUUUCCCGGCAGCGAUAAUGUAUCCGCACACGACGAGGAUCCCACGAUAGAUGUCGACAGACUGACAAUCUCUGACGGAGGAGAACCUGAGAUUCUUCACUUGAAGCAACCAGUGCAUAUGCGAGUCUCUUCCCGACAUCUCAUGCUCGCUUCCCCGGUAUUCGCUGUCAUGCUAGACAGGUACAAGUUCAAGGAAGGCACAACUCUACAUGCUGAAGGCAGCGUCGACAUCGAACUCCCAGACGACGACCCCGAUGCCUGGGAGGUCCUGCUCAACGUCAUCCACGGCCGCACCAGAAAAGUUCCACGAAAAGUCGGCUUACUCCUCCUCACCCAGAUCGCGAUCCUCGUCAACAAAUACGAAAUGCUAGACGUAGUCGAGAUAUUCUCCGACACCUGGAUCCGCAGAUGCCUGAAGAAAGGCCUACCAGAACAAUACGAACGCUGCGAAGACGUCGUCAUGUCCUGGCUCUUCAUCGCCUGGGUCUUCGAGAAACCCAAGAUCUUCAAGCCUAUCACCAGAACCAUGAUCCACUGCGCCCCGAAUGUCUUCCACCACGACCUCGAUCUCGACCCUCCUAUCCCCAACACUCUUCUCGACGUCCUCCAAGAACGCCGCCUCGAAGCAAUCGACAGCCUCCUCACAAUCAUCACCACCCUAACAACAACCUACACCCUCCCCACCCCCCAAUGCAACCCCAGCGCACCCGACACUCUUUCCGACCCCGUCGAGCUCUCCUUCAGCUACGCCUGCGACUCGAUGCUGCUCGGCUCGCUAAUCAAAUCCUCCGCCAAACUCGGCAUCUUCCCGAUCCCCGACCGCCCCUUUGCCGGCAUCGCGUUCGAUCGGCUGGCGGAGGGGAUCCGGGAUAUGGAUCUGAAGAGCAAGUGUGAUGGGAACCUGAAGGGGUAUGUGGUGCGGCAUGCGUGUCACGGGGUGCGGGCGCGGAUGGUGGACGAGGUGCGGUUUCUGGAGACGGGGAUUUGUGGGUUGGAUUUGAGGGAUUUUAAGAAAUUGGGGUCUGGAUGA